UGCACUUUGAAAUGACUGUGGUGAACAUUUGGGGUGCGUGAGAUUUUGGCGUCGUGACACCACGACAGAUAUACGUUUUCAAAUAAAUACAAGUGGGACAUACAAACAGUCAAGAUGAUCAACAUAGCGGGUGUGAUCUCCAUCAUCCUGUUCUACGUGCUGAUCUUGGCGGUGGGCAUAUGGGCGGGUCGGAAGAAGCCGCCAGGCAAUGAUUCUGAGGAGGAGGUUAUGUUGGCGGGACGCUCCAUAGGUCUCUUCGUGGGCAUCUUCACCAUGACUGCUACGUGGGUGGGAGGCGGCUACAUCAAUGGUACAGCGGAGGCGAUCUACACCUCAGGUCUGGUGUGGUGCCAAGCACCCUUCGGCUACGCCCUGUCCCUCGUUUUCGGUGGGAUAUUCUUCGCGAACCCAAUGCGCAAGCAGGGCUACGUGACGAUGCUGGACCCGCUGCAGGACUCGUUCGGCAGCCGCAUGGGCGGCCUGCUGUUUCUGCCUGCACUCUGCGGCGAGGUGUUCUGGGCUGCUGGCAUCCUUGCAGCACUUGGCGCUACACUGGCUGUCAUCAUCGACAUGGACCACCGCACCUCAGUCAUCUUCAGCGCAUGCGUAGCAGUGUUCUACACACUCUUCGGAGGGCUGUACUCCGUCGCGUACACAGAUGUCAUCCAGCUGUUCUGCAUAUUCAUAGGCCUCUGGAUGUGCAUUCCGUUCGCGUGGGCGAACCCUCACGUCAAACCGCUCAGUUCCAUGGAAGUGGACUGGAUAGGGAAAGUGGAUCCGGAGUACUACUGGUUCUAUGUGGAUUAUGGGCUGCUCCUGGUGUUUGGAGGAAUUCCGUGGCAGGUGUACUUCCAACGAGUGCUGAGCAGCAAGACAGCAGGCCGCGCGCAGGUGCUGUCGUACGUGGCUGCCAUUGGGUGCAUCUUCAUGGCAAUACCACCAGUCCUCAUCGGUGCCAUUGCGAAGGCCACUGGUAAUAUUGCCAUAUAUUACAAUAUGUGUUAUGGGAACGUGUACAAGCUGAUCUUCAGGCAGAACGCUUCCGAGAUGGAGAUAAUCUGGGUGAUGCGGGUCUCCAUCCUGGUGGUGGGGCUGCUGUCCACCGUCAUGGCGCUCACCAUCCCCUCCAUAUACGGCCUGUGGUCGAUGUGCUCGGACCUGGUCUACGUCAUCCUGUUUCCUCAACUGCUGAUGGUGGUCCACUUCAAGAAGCACUGCAACACGUACGGCUCUCUCGCUGCGUACAUCGUAGCUCUUGUGGUGAGGCUGUCCGGAGGCGAGAAGCUGUUGGGUCUACCAGCCCUCAUCCACUACCCUGGCUGGGACGCUGAGAACGAAGUGCAGCUGUUCCCGUUCAGGACCAUGGCGAUGGUGAUGUCUCUGUUCACGCUGGCCUUCAUAUCCUGGCUGUCUGUGUACCUAUUCAACUCUGGCUACCUGAGCCCCGAGUCUGACUACUUCAACUGUGUCGUGAACAUCCCUGAAGAUAUCCGACGUGUAGAUGAGCCCUCAGAGGCUGGAGAGCAGAUGUCCGUGCUGGGCGGCGUACCUGGCCGGCUGUACGGUGCAGCAUCCACACUAGUCGGUCCUGAUGAGAAGGCUGGCCGCAUCAACCCAGCCCUGGAGCCAGACGACGACGAUCUGGACGACCCCAACGAUGGCCCCACCCCAUUGUUCGGUAACAGUAGUGCCCCCCCGCCGGUCCAACCGUUCGGCAAACAAACGGCAUUCUGA